CUGCGUAACUCUGUUUGGUGAAUAGCUGCUAAUGUGAGCUUCCCCAACAGCGUGGAUGUGGAUGUGGCAGCACCGGGAGUCUGACUGACGCGUCCCCUAACCGCGGUUCCCUCACUGUACAUUCAGGAAAGCUUUUAGGUCCGACAUUAUCAGGGCUUCUGUUUCUGCACCAUGUUUGCCCGGCUGGCCUUGUGCUCCCAGCUGCCCUCCAGGACCCGGCGCGGUCAUGACGUCUGUGCAGCUUCCAUCAUCAUCAGAACCUUCUCUCAGGCCAAAUUUUCUCUCCCACGGCCACAUGGGAAGUCCUUUGCCCACCGCAGUGAGCUGAAACAGGCCAAGCGGAUUGUGGUGAAGCUGGGCAGCGCUGUGGUCACACGGGGGGAUGAAUGUGGGCUGGCGCUGGGACGGCUCGCCUCCAUCGUGGAGCAGGUGGCCGUGCUGCAGAAUCAAGGACGGGAGAUGAUGAUCGUUACGAGCGGCGCCGUGGCUUUUGGGAAGCAGCGACUGCGACACGAGAUUCUGCUGUCUCAAAGUGUCAGACAGGCUUUGCACUCUGGACAGAACCAGCUCAAAGAGAUGUCAGUUCCUGUGUUGGAGGCACGAGCGUGUGCAGCCGCUGGACAGAGCGGGCUGAUGGCGUUGUAUGAAGCCAUGUUCACCCAGUACAGCAUCUGCACGGCACAGAUCUUGGUCACAAACCUGGAUUUUCAUGAUGAGCAAAAGCGGCGCAACUUGAACAGCACGCUCCACGAACUGCUGAGGAUGAACAUCGUUCCCAUCAUCAACACCAACGACGCCGUAGUUCCUCCCCCUGUUCCCAACAGUGACCUUCAGGGGGUAAAUGUCAUAAGCAUCAAAGAUAAUGACAGCCUGGCCGCCCGCCUCGCUGUUGAAAUGAAAGCUGACCUUCUUAUCGCGCUGUCUGACGUUCAAGGUUUGUAUGACAGCCCCCCAGGAACAGAUGAUGCUAAGCUGAUCGACAUAUUCUACCCUGGAGACCAGCAGUCUGUCACCUACGGUACCAAGUCCAGAGUUGGAAUCGGUGGCAUGGAAGCUAAGGUCAAAGCUGCUCUGUGGGCGCUACAGGGCGGGACCUCCGUCGUCAUCGCCAACGGAACGGAUCCUAAGGUCACCGGCCACGUUAUCACAGACAUCGUGGAGGGGAAGAAAGUUGGCACGUUCUUCUCUGAAGUCAAACCUGCUGGUCCUACUGUGGAGCAGCAGACGGAGAUGGCGCGGCAUGCAGGCCGCACUCUGGCCUCCCUGCUGCCCGAGCAGAGAGAAGAGAUCAUUUGCUGCCUUGCUGAGCUUCUAACCGAGAGAAAAGAGGAAAUUCUCACAGCCAACAGGAAAGACAUGGAGUUGGCGUCUGCGACAGGUUUUUUGCCGCAGCCCCUGAUCAACCGUUUGAGUCUCUCAACCUCCAAGCUGAACAGCCUCGCCAUUGGCCUUCGCCAGCUUGCCGUGGCGUCCCGCGACAGUGUGGGGCGGGUGCUCAGACGGACGAGGGUGGCCAACAACCUGGAACUGGAACAGAUCACGGUUCCCAUUGGUGUCCUGCUCGUCAUCUUUGAGUCGCGGCCCGAUUGCCUCCCACAGGUGUCGGCGUUGGCAAUCGCCAGUGGAAAUGCUCUGCUGCUGAAGGGCGGGAAGGAGGCGUCCAACACCAACAAGAUCCUCCAUCAGCUGACUCAGGAGGCGCUCUCCAUCCACGGGGUGUCGGACGCCAUCCAGCUGGUCAGCACACGGGAAGAAGUGGAGGAUCUGUGCAGACUGGACAAGAUGAUCGACUUGAUCAUUCCAAGAGGCUCAUCCCAGCUGGUCCGGGACAUUCAGAGAGCUGCCAAAGGCAUCCCCGUCUUGGGCCACAGUGAGGGCGUUUGUCAUGUUUACAUCGACGCCGAUGCCAGCAUAGACAAAGCUCUGGACAUUGUCAAAGACUCCAAAUGUGACUACCCUGCAGCCUGCAAUGCUAUGGAGACCCUCCUAAUUCACAGAGAUUUACUGCGAACUCCUAUGUUUGACCAGAUCAUUGAUAUGCUGAGACAGGAACAUGUAAAAAUCCAUGCAGGUCCGCGGUUCGCAUCUUAUUUAACUUUCAGCCCGUCUGAGGUGAAGUCUCUCCGCACCGAAUACGGCGACCUCGAAUGCUGCAUUGAGGUGGUGGACGGCAUGCAGGACGCCGUGGACCACAUCCACAAAUACGGCAGCUCCCACACGGACGUCAUCGUCACGGAGAACGAGGAAACAGCUGAACAGUUCUUACAGCAGGUGGACAGCGCCUGCGUUUUUUGGAACGCCAGCUCUCGCUUUGCUGAUGGGUACCGCUUUGGCCUGGGGGCCGAGGUCGGCAUAAGCACAGCAAGGAUUCACGCCAGAGGCCCCGUGGGUCUGGAGGGUCUCCUCACCACCAAAUGGGUUCUUCGGGGAGAGGGACAGACUGUAUCAGACUUCUCUGAGCAAGGCAGUAUGAAAUAUCUACAUGAAAACAUCCCAGUUCCUCAAGGCGGUUUUCGUUAGGUGCACAGAAAGCUGUCCUUAAAGAGAAUAAACUGUUUUGUUACUGCCAGUGGUCUGUCAUCUGCUGCUUCAUCACCUGUGUGAGUCCACUUCAAAGGUUCAGAAGUGAAUUCAACGGAGAACAGAUGCUACUCCUUUGACUCGAUUGGUCAAAGUUCUCCAUAAACCUGUGAUCCUGUGCUUUAAAUAUAUACAAACCUCCUGAAACGGCGAUUUGAUAAGAGGAAACUCAUAUUAAUGUCAUGCUAAAGUAUGAAAGAUUGCAUUUAAUGCACAAGAUUUUUCCCUGUGAAUCUAUUAUUUUAAGAUAAAAAUGGAGAAUGAUGGUUACACCUCCUGGUAUUUUUAUAAUGUAUUUUUUAUACAUUCAGAUUAUUCCUAACACUCAAAAAACUGCAGUUUUAUUUUGUGUGGCAUAUUGGUUCUGAUUUGGUUUGUCCCUUUUUGCACAGAUAAUUUAAUAAAUAUUGUGAAUACUUCCUUAA